AUGGCACCUUCACAAGAAGAAGUCCUCGAUCUCUUCAGCCAGUUAGCCAAGCAAGAAACACAGAAGAACUUCUUCGCCCAAGUGCGAGACGACGUAAACUGGUGGAUUGUCGGGUCAACGCCCAUGUCAAGGACCUACACGUCCAAGCAGGACUUCCAAAAUGCGACGCUUGAGAUUCUGAAUAAAAAGGUGUUGGGCCAGCCAUUAUGCAUGAGGGUGGUCAAUGUGGUAGCUGGAAAAGAUCAAGCAGUGGGGGAACUGGAAGCAAUUGAUGCAACAUGUCGGAACGGUUUGGAGUAUCCAAUGCGUUACUGCUGGGUGGUGCAUUUUGACGAUGAUGGAAAAAUCGACCGUGUCAGGGCUUACUUGGACACCGAGCUGUUGUCAAAAGCCAUUGCACAAAAUUCAUAG